AUGGGCGCUGUUGCAGCCGCUGCCGCUGCAGGGCUUUCUUGGGAGGAAGCUGCAUCCCGUUUCUACGAACGUUGCAACAUGACAUCUACCACCUCAGAAAACGAUAAGUUUCGGGGAGAGUGCGACCGUGCAUCGCUCCACGUCCGUGCUGGGAAUGGAACCAACUUCAGCGCGCCAUACAUCGUCGCUCCUGACCGCAAUCCCGAUCCUCAAGCUCCCGCAGGUGGUGUAGCAGCCAAUGUAAUCGACCUCGCACAAUGGCUGCGGCUACAACUCGGCAAUGGAACGUGGAAUGGCGACGAGAUCGUGUCUUCCGAGGCUUUGCUGUACACUCACCAACCACAGAUCAACCGCGGUCUCGAUCCUGCCUCGAAUCGAACAGCAUUCUACGGCUUGGGCUGGAAUAUCGACUAUCAACCCUCUGGUCGCGUCUUUAUCGGACACGCUGGUGCAUUCACGUCUGGCACGCGGUCGUAUGUGAGACUGAAUAUCGCGGAUGGUAUUGGAAUAGUUGUGUUGAGUAAUUGCUGGCCGACAGGUACACCAGAUGGGAUUGCGUAUACUUUCAUGGACUGGGUAUAUCAAGGAGACCAGAGCGAGACCACGGACUGGGUAUCCUUCUGGGACGAUCUCUACGAGCAACUCAAUGAGGCAUUUGUAACGAUGGAUCCCGGCUUUGCUGUCACGCCGGUGCAUGGUUCUGCGCCAUUGAAAGGGUCUGAUGUGUACGCUGGGACGUACAGCAACGACUAUGUGGGAAUUGUACAGGUUAAGGGAACAGACAAUCAAAACCUAACCAUGGAAAUUGGUGGUAGAUCGCUGCUGCUGACGCAUUGGGACCGAGAUGUCUUCAUCAUGAGACCCGUACCUGAGCAUCCAGAACACCCUACAACCGUCACAUUCAGUGUUGGUCCUGGCGGUCAAGCUCAACAAGUGCUUAUUGAUGUACUUAAUGGAGAUGGAGGUGGUGUUUUGAGUAGAGAGACAAAGGAGUAG